CAGAUGGACUAAAAGUGUAGGAGACUGAAGUCGCAAAGAUGGAUGAUGACUUCAAUUUGAUUCAACCAUCGCUGAUCCAACAGUUGAGGACCAUUCUAGAUCAGUAUCCAGAUGAUGGACAGAUUUUGAAGGAACUCAUUCAAAAUGCGGAGGAUGCAAAUGCCAGACACGUAAAGUUUUUACAUGACAGAAACAGUUAUGGAACUGAACAUCUAUUUGAUGAGAAGCUCGCACAAUUUCAGGGUCCAGCACUUUUCUCCUACAACGAUGCAAAGUUUAGGAAAGAGGACUGGAAAGGUAUACGACUUGUUAGCGCUAGUAUCAAAGUGGAAGACCCCAUGAAAGUUGGUCGAUUCGGCUUGGGUUUUAAGUCUGUACUGCAUAUGACAGAUUUACCAAGUGUGCUUAGCGCUGAAAAAAUUGGAUUUAUUGACCCCCAUGGAAUUUACUUUUCUGAUAAACGGAAUAUAAGAACCGGUAGAUGUUGGAGACUUGAUGAAGACUGUCCGGAGAUGAACAACAUACCCGAUCAGUUCCUUCCUUUCAAAGGAAUCUUCGACUGUAAGGAAGAAGUGUUUUCCAACGGUUAUUAUGAUGGCACCUUGUUCCGUUUUCCCCUGAGGACCACACCUUCUGAUUUAUCAAAUACACUCUACACCGAGGAGAAAAUGGAUACUUUGUUUGAAAGUUUUGAGGCUGAUGCUCACAUGGUCCUUCUCUUUCUUCAACACUUGGAAUCAAUUGAACUUUAUGUUCGAGAAGAGUCACAAGCCAGUCCUAGAAGAUCCUUUCAGGUUAGAGUUGCUGACAAUAAAUUGGAAUUAGUUCGCUCUAAGAGGAAAGAGUUUCUCGGAAAGAUCAGGCCUGGGGAACUGAUGCCCCACUCUGUUGUAGUGACGUAUCCAAUCACUAUAGAGACAAUCAAGUUCGGAACAUCUCAUGAAACGGACCAUCUGCAGCAGUACUCCUUUCUUGUCACCAACUACUUUUGUGGAGGAGAAGUUUCAUCGAACUUCAAACGGUUGAUGACAGAUAAAGAGCUAAACUAUCUACCCAUAGUGGGUGUUGCCAUGCCAUUACCUAAUGAUCCUGAAAUGCAGACACCAGAUAUCAAGGGCCACGUGUUUUGUUUCUUGCCAUUACCAGUCCCGACGAGGAGCCUGACUGGUUUGCCAGUACACAUAAAUGGCUUCUUCGCUUUGAGUCAAAACAGGCGUUAUAUUAAGUCUCCUGAUGCAGACCAAGAAGAGCGAGAAAGGAAGGGUCGGCGGAAACUGACAGACAAGUCACUGCUGUGGAAUAGUUGUCUCCUGGAGGAGGCUACACCCAGGGCAUAUGCCACCUUGAUUUUGCAAGCAAUAAAAUGGGAACCGUGUUUUCUACCAAGAGCAUCAAUUUACAAAGCGUGGCCCAACAUUACUUGCAUUGACCCGAAGUGGAAGAAACUCGUGCAUCCUUUUUUCAGCACACUUUUACAGCACAAUGCUGUUUACACCGAUGCAGGUUCUGGACGCUGGAUUACAGUGAGAGAAGCGGUUUUCGACCAACUCGAUCAAAAUGAAACCAAAGAAGUGCGGUCUACACAGUUACGGAUACUCCAUAAAUAUGAUGUAAAAGCUCUUCUUCCACAAGCACUGCCGUUCGAGUGGAGCAAGGGAAACACCGUCUCGUGGUAUCCUGAAGAUCAAAAUUAUAAACAUCCACCCAAAGAGUGGAUCGGGCGCGUGUGGAGAUAUCUGCAAAUUAAUUUUGCAAAUGCAGGCGAUGUUCUCAGUCUCGGGGAACUACCGCUGAUUCCGCUAAGCAUUUCAAAGACACCAGUCACCUUAGCGCGACUUUGUGAACCUUCCAGAGUAGUAGUCAAACAGAUUUAUGGUCAUUACCUAGACAAUGGUGUAUCAGAUAUUCUCAUCAAGCUUGGUGUGCUCAUCAUGACCGAUUAUCCCUCUUUCAUUGGCAACCACCCAGCUGUCUUAGGAAGGUUUGUAUAUCCGCCAUCCGUCGAAGGUGUUUUGAAAGCAAUGGUGGUUUCCUCGACUAUGAUGACUAGCGGAAAACUGCCCGAAAUUGUACGUACAGUACUUUCCACCAGGGAAAAACAACUCCUGAGAUCAUUCUUGGUCGACAUCAAAGGCACGCAAGUGGGUCAAGCGGAGUAUGGUGUUCUGUGCUGUCUACCAGUUUUUGAGACUUUAGCGAAGAAAUUCGUGUCAGCAAAGGAUGGUCUGUGUGCUGCACCCCCUGAGCCCCUUCCAAUUACAAUUAGAAGAGACCUCGUCGAUGUUUCUCAACAAGAUUCAAUGGCGUUUGCACUUCUUCUAGGAGUUAAGAUUCUAACGCCCGUGGAACUGCUUUGUCAAGUUGUAUUUCCAGAUAUCAAGCGGGGAUGCUACUCGGAAGAACAAAUUGAC